CGAUUCUAGUUCGCCGUACGAAGAGGCACGAAGUUCCCGCUCGAGUAUUCUCGGCGUAGCGACGCCUGAGUACUUCUUGAAUCGUGCACAUAGCAGCGCGGUUUAGUCGGUUUCAGUCGGUUUGCAGUCACAGUAUCGUGUUGUUGGUACUUCUGUCUUGUUUUCUCUCGUGCCUCUCUCUUUCUCUAACCUCGAACUAUUGAUGCAAGUGCACUUUUGAACACAACAGCCAUUAAUCACAGUGCACACGUGCGGUUGACGAGAAGUGAUUUUUAACGGUUUGCAAGUACUUAACGAAAUUUCUAUAUGGACAACAGUGUGUUUUCAAUUUUGGCGCUUAAAAUUCCAACGGUUUUCAUAUGGCUUGACAUAAACUAUGGUGUUGUGACUGAUACGGAUGAUAUGACGAUACAGUGGAAAUUGUGGAGUUAUACGCAUCCUCUGGUGCACGUGCGAAUAGUGCAUUAAAGUUAUCCUGGAAUUACGCGCAGUGUCAACGUUGACGGAAAAUUGAAGACUGCGGAGUGAGGGAGAUAAGAAGAAAAAAAAGGCGCAAAUUACCUGCUUAGCUGAUUUCCGGAUGAGGCACUGCUGUAAUUUCCGGAAUGGGUGCGGCCAGGGCGUUACGUGGAGGACAGCACCUGAAGAAGGAUCAUUGGGAUAACCAGGAUUAUCAGGAUCAUCAUCAGGACCAACUAGGAAAACGUGAUGUCUGAGAGAAGCGGUCGACUUAGGUUCGUGGUUUGGAAAUCCACCUUUCAAGGAUAAUUCGACAAAGUCCCGGAGACUCGGGGCAAAAAUUGAAAAGUAAUAAGGUGUAUAAAGGGAAGGGAAGAACACAGGAGUACAGAAUACAAAAUACGUUUCGCCAUUGUAUUUGGAAUUGGACAUUCCUGCACGUUUGAAAUUCAUUUCGUUCUGGCUGUUAUGAUGGAAUCGAAUAUCACCAACGACACCGAGGACGAGUUCAUUGAUUAUGACGUGAACGAGUCACUCAGCCAUUUUGAAUGGAUCGAAUUAGCACCUGUGCUCGUUGUCUAUACCCUCACGUUCUGCUUGGGACUCACUGGUAACGUGGUGAUCAUCGCCUCGACUCUGUGUCCACGUCUGAGACCGCUGCCUGCGACACCCACCAACGUCUUCCUGGGCGGAUUGGCCAGUGCUGAUCUUCUCUUGAUUAUUUUCUGCAUUCCCGUCAAGAUUGCCAAGCUCUUCUCGUACACCUGGACCAUGGGACUUUUUCUGUGUAAAUCGGUACAUUACAUGCAAAGCGUCUCGGCUAUAUGCUCGGUGCUGACACUAACGGCCAUGUCUAUAGAAAGGUACUACGCCAUUGUUCAUCCUAUGAGGGCCCAAUAUACCUGCACCAUCAGUCAAGCUAGAAAAAUCGUAAUCAUCACUUGGAUCAUGUCCUUCCUAUUGGCUGUGCCAAUAAUCUUCACUCAGAGACACAAGGAAGUCGGCAAGAGGUAUCUGGCCUAUUGGUGCGUACGCGAUCGCGAUUCGGAAACUUUGUGGAGGCUUCACGAGGUCUAUAUGCUUCUUCUGGUACUCGUGGUACCGCUAAUAGUAAUGGCCUUCUGCUACACCGCCAUUUGCUGGGAGAUCUGGCGCGUCAUGAAGCGUAGAUACCAUAUGACGUCACGUCACGCAUUGAAUCAGAACAACGCGGCAACCGAAUGUAUACCGAUGACACAGAGACACGGAAGCGGCAGAAAUGGGGCGCGUCGUGGGCGUCGCGACGACAGUCAGACGGAGGAGGAAUCCCGUACCAUGAAGCAGGUCGUCAAAAUGCUCGUGGCGGUUGUCGUCCUAUUCGCCAUAUGUUGGAGUCCCAUGCUGAUCGACAACGUACUCACAGCUUAUGGUGUAAUACCAUGGAUGAAGGGCGGUGCGUUCAAGCACCUCAAUACGGCCUUUCAGCUUAUGGCGUACUUUAACAGCUGCAUCAACCCCAUAGUCUAUGGAUUCAUGUCGAAGCAUUUCCGGAAGAGUUUCCUAUCGGCUGCCUGUGGCAGCUGGUGGUGCUGUUGUCCUAGAAGAGGCUACAGGACACCAGUCAAGAGGCAUCCUAGUCUUAGUCAGACCAGGACGACGAGUGUCCGGAUCGAACCACGUCCUCUCCUAUCGCCUAUGCUUUCAGAUGGACCUGAUUCUACCUAUAUCCCUGGAUCGCAACGCGGGAUAUCGCGGCCAAUAAUUAACGACGGGGACGCGAUUGAUAAAGUGCUCCCGUCAGGAUUGCCAACCGCGAAGAGAAAAGGGGAUGAUGAUAAUAAUAAUAACGAAAACAAGAACAAAAUGAAUAAUAUCCUACGCGUACAGCUGACGCCGAUGAAUGACAGCUGUGAUUCAGUGGUAUUAUUUUAAAGAGAAAAUUCACCUCGUAUCAAAGACAAUUUUUAAAAUCAAUUGCGUACUUGUGUCCUACUUCUAUUUCGAUGUAUGACGAAGGAUCAUCGAAAUUUUUUAAAACACGAUAAUUCCUCACGCGAUAACUGUCAUUGGGGUUUCCGAAGUUUCGAUCGGUACGGCUCGCUCGGUAAAGAAGAUUCCGCGUGUCGUGUAUCUCGUUUCACGUAAAAACUAAAGUAGUUUCGAUUGGCUGACCUUUUUUUUUUAUUGUGAACACGAGGCAAGACACGAUAAUUGCUGUAUAAAAUUCAUACGAGUGUCACGGCUCGAUGAACACUUUGUAUCGGUAAUCGUUUUGACAGCGUGCUGACGCGAAAUUAUGUAAAACACUAUGUACGUUGAAUUUAGCGGGAAAAUCGCGUCUUCGCCAUUUUUCAACCUGAUUCUUGUAUGUAUAUGGUAAUUCGUGGGACUAUCGACAGGACGACGCGUAUACAAAUUAGAAAUAAUUAAUAAUCGUUCGAAUCGCCAUUUACGUCAUUUUUGGAUAUAUAUUCUAACUGUUAACGAUAGUACAUCUUUUGGAGAAAAAAAAAAUAGCUAUUCGAUCAGUGCGCACAAAUAAAGGGAUACCUUAGGGAACACGGGUAUAAAUUUACGUUGCAGGUUGUUGGCGCCAUCUGUAUUCACACGUCACAAGUUUUUGUUGUACAUUUCUUUUAUAUGUAGACUUCUGUACUUGUUGAUUAAUACCUAACAGGUUAUUAUGGACAUAACGAAUACAUUCGUUAUUUAUCAGAGUAAUCUAUCUGUAAUCUUUAAAGAUGAGUAGCAGAUUAGUAAUAUUAUUUUUUUAUUUUUCAUGGGAAGAACUAAACCUCCCAAUGUCACUUUAACGAUUCUUAUAAUUGUCUAUUUGUACAUUGUUGUAUUUGUAAUUUGUACUGUCACUCUCUUUCUCUCUCUUUGAUCCUUAAAAUAAUGUAUUGCUAUUUAUCUUUCCUUACCACUUUGCUCCUUAAAAAUUGUUUUUCAAAGUUCUCCAAGAAGCCUGUAAAUACCUCUAGAAAUUAUGAUCGUAUUAUUAAGAACAUUCAACGAGAUUCGCUCACCGUUGUCUUGCAUGCAUUUGGGGCGCAGCUACGCAACGGUGGACGGUUCCGUUUGGCCAGACAAUUAAUUAUUAAUUAUUUAUCGGUAAACUGUGUACAAUUGUUAACGAACAAACUUUAUAAGCAAAUGUACCAGCCGGGAAAUUAGAGACUGUCGCUUUACGUUCAUCUAUCGUACAUGUAUAUCAUUGUCGUGGAAGGUGCUUUAUAUGUCAAUUCAUUAUUGAAUUAAUAAUAAAAGUGAUGUGCAAUAUUU